AUGAUGGAACAGAAAAAAAUCCGCGAGAAGACAAAUAAAGGAUACAAGGCAAGGUACUCUGGUAAGCUAUUCGGAAAUCAUGCAAAGAUGAGGAAUCAACAUGUGAACGAAAAUAAGCAGCAAAAUGAUUUUACCUCAGCGGAAGCAGCCUGGAUGGAAAAGAAGCAAAAACUAUACAAAGACACAAAUAAUCAGCCCUUGUGGGAUUUUAGAAAAAUACAAAUCAACCCAACAGACACAGAGGAAUUGAUUAGUUUCCCAACAAAUCAGAUCUCCUCCAAUAAGUAUGGAACAUAUUCCUUCCUUUUUAAGAGCCUAUAUGAGCAAUUCUUACGGUUACCAAAUAUAUGGUUUUUGAUUAUCUGUCUGCUAGAAUUUAUUCCCGCUUUUCAGAAUUUGUCAAACUAUAUGUAUUAUACUAAGCAGUCAUCCAUUUAUUUGCUAGCCUUUUUUGUAUGCGUGUCUAUUGUGAAAAAUGUGUAUGAAGAUUCUAGGAGGUCUAAUAUAGACUCCCAGAUCAAUAACAGGCUGUGCCACGUUGUGGACGGUUCGAACAGUCAGCUAAAAGCAGUGAAGUGGAUGGACCUAACGGUCGGUAGUAUCAUUAGGUUAAUAGAAAAUGAACAAGUGCCUGCAGAUAUUCUCCUACUAAGCUGUAACAACAAUGAAGGGCUGGUAUACAUAGAGACGUCGCUAAUAAAUGGGGAAACAAACUUAAACAAAAAAUGUUGUGUUAAUGAAACGAGGAAUGAGAAUUCUAUCUAUGGGAUCUGUAACAUAAGAGGAAGAAUAAUUUGUGAAAAGCCAAACAGUAAUAUGGAAUCAUUUAACGGGUCCUUAAAGUUAGAUGCUCAUCCUCGUGCUACCUCCCUAUCAAUUAGCAACGUUGUCUUUAAAGGGUCUUACAUAAAAAACACAGACUACAUUUUUGGAGUUAUUAUUUACACAGGAACGGAUACAAAAAUUAUGAAAAAUAUUUUAAAGAGUGUAUACAAAUCUGGAAAUAUAAACAGAGAAUUAAAUAUAUACACAAUUCUGACAAUCAUUUUUACCUUCAUUUGUGUCUUCAUAUCAGUGUUGUGCAAAUGGACAGAAGAUGAUAAGUUCAAAAAUGGAAUUCACUUUUUGCUAAUUACUGUGAAGGAUAAUUUGUUCGAAUCUAUCGUAAAGUAUACGCUGCUCUAUUCGAACAUCGUUCCUAUUAGCAUCCUCAUAACGGUUGACCUAAUUUCUAUUCUGCAAAGUGUAUUUAUCGAAAAUGACAACCGAAUCAGUACCUUCGAGAAUGAACUAUCCGAACCGUCCCUCAUCGAUGAAACUGAUGAACGUGAUGAAUGUGCCGAUUUGAAAAAUACGAAAUCGUCUAACUUCUUCAGAAAAUACACCUUCUUUUUAAACAACAUUGGUAGAAGGAACUUUACCCCAAGUAUAUUCUCUUCAACCAACACAGAACCAAAUAUGGACAACAGGAAAAACUUUAUAGGUACAUUUGAUAAACUCAGGGCUUUUAAAAGUUACUUUAAUAACAAAAGUAGCCUGCUUAACUCCAAGUCGCACGUGAAUAGUUCUUAUAAUAGGAGCUCCCUGGGUGAGAGUAACAGUGUGCAGGUGAAUAAGGCAAACAGAAAUAGUCACUUCCUCGCGAAGGUGAGAAAUGCCUUCCUGAGGAAAGAUAAACUUGUCAAUUUUCAGGCGAAUAUGGUACCCAAACACGGUGCCUCCUACCAUGGACGCGUAAAGAGCGGUGGUUCCUCUAACACGCAGGGGACCCUGCGCGGCAAAAUCGACGUGCAAAGUGAGUACCAGGUUAGCACCCACGCUGACAAUUUCCCCAGUAAUGACAAACCAACCGGAUUGAAUACUGAUGGUGAGCCGAGUCGAGGGAGAAACCCGCUGUACGCCCUCUUCCCAUUUUUUCGAAGGAAGACAAACAGAACAAUUGACGCCGUCAAAAAAGUGGAUAAAAUGAAGAGCGCCAGUAAGUGCCACUUCCCCAGGGAUCGUUUUACCCCCAGGGAGGAUGAAUACGGCUGGGGAAUAUGCCUCAAUUCUAACAUGCAUGGAGAUUUAGGAAACGUAGAUUUUAUAUUUACAGACAAAACGGGAACUUUAACAAGCAAUGAAAUGUCCUUCAACAUGUGUUCCAUUGGUGGUCGAACGUAUGGAGGAAAGCGACAGAAAGGGAAAAAGGUAAAAACGGGGAAAGGAAUACCUUCCAUUUGUAGUCGAACGGGAUCCUCCCAAAAUGGUUACAAAGAUGUAAAGAAUGGCAGUAGUAACCGCUUCUUUAAAAAGCGUUAUUCGGAAGACGCGCUUGUAAAAAAAAUUUCCUUCGCCACGAACAUCUGCAAUGAGUCUUCUGAUGAAGGUGAACAAGCUGCUGAAGGGGCGCGUAAAAAGAGGGAUCAUCCCAAUCAUCAUCAUGAAAAAUGGCGUGGGAACAACACAAGUAAGAACCAAUCGGACAAUGCACACUCGCAGGAUACCGAUAAUGCGAAGAAAGAGGACAACAUGUUUCCGAACCAUAAAUCCAGUUCCUUCUGGAGUUACCAAUCGAAGAAUAUAAAUCGAAAAUUUUCUGGCAACUCUUUAAAUAAAUGUCCAUCUUUUCAAAAUUCUGUGACGUUAUCCUCUUCCAUAUCACCCAUGUCUUCCUCCCGUUUUUCCGCCCCUUCUUCUUCACCCCGUUCAUCCUCCUGCGUGUCUUCUUGCACAUCGUCGUCAUCAUCUGGUUUAUCAUCUUCUUCCUCUUAUGCUUCUUACGUCUCCUCCUGUGGCGUCCAGAACAACGCCCAUUCGUCCUUCUUAUAUUCCUCGUCCAACAAGGAUCAUCACGAAAUGACUAACGAUUUUGAUAGCAUCAGGAGUUACUCCGAAUUGGGGCAAGAAAAAAACAACCAGACACAUCUGCAGGAUGACACCAAGGAUGAAACUACAGACAGGGGAAGGGAGAAGUACCCCCAGGAAUGCCCACAGGAAAGUGCUGACCUGUCCUGCUUCCUUGACCCAAAUUAUCAAGCGUAUCUAAUGCAACGUAAAUUUUCGAGACCCCAAAGUUUUCGAAAGAAUAUGAUCACAGGAUCUGUUAAAGCGAAAUGCGAUUUUAAUGACAAAAAAAUUUACGAAGAUUUAAAUUCAAACACAUGGAGGGGAUACUACAUUGAUGAGUUCUUCAAAUGUAUGACUCUGUGCCACGCGGUUGUACCUUUCAUCCAAUUCGACUACAUCCGAAAUAAGAACUUAACUCAUUUCCCCUCGAGGAGCUCCAAGGGAGUUUCCCAAUAUAUAGAAAAGUACAAUAAUCAUCCCAAGCAACAGUCAAACGAUAUGGUCAAGGCGAAGAAUGAGCUGAAUUUACAAACCUCCAUGGGGUAUGAAGGGAUGGAGGAGGAAGAAGAAGAACAUCAGGGGGGAAGUAAAUUUGCGGAUAGACAAACAAAGUGGACCACCGAAAUGUCAGACACGGCCAAAAAUGCGAAAAAGAAAAAUGAAACCAACCUGUACAAUUACAACUCGUUGAACACUCUGAACCUUAAAGAUGAAAAAAAAAGUAACAUAAAAUUUAAAUUCCUUUUUAAUAAAAAAUUUAGGAAAAAAAAAAAAAGUUAUACUUCUUUGGCCAACUCAGAGAUUUACAAAGGGGCAGAAAAAAAACACAAAAGCAGAUGGAACACCUACUUCAGUCUGAAAAAGAAUAAAAAUUUGUUUUCCGAUGAGAAAAACAAUAAAAUGAGUGAAAGCGCUUACAUAUCCAAGAGGAUUAGCGCAGUUUCGUUUAAACAAAUAUCGAAAGAGAAGUUACUUUCCAUGAACAGUUACGUGAGUAAUAGAAACAGUGAGGAUGGAGCACCUGGAGUGGACAGGAAAUACAAAGCCAAGUUGCGAAACUUGGAUGAAAGGAUCUUCGAAUUAGCUCCCUUAGUUAAUGAGAGGGGUUCCCGCAACAACAUCGCAAAUAGCGUUGCAAAUAAUAGCGCAUGUAACAUAGCAGGUAACGUCCCAAAUAACAGCGCGAAUGCUGCCCCCUCAGUGUAUGAUGACGGAGCAACCUCCAGAAAGACGGAGGAGCGCAAUACUAUACAACACUCCGAUUUUGAUUUAGACAAAUGUAGAGAUUCCCGAAUGACGGAUAACUAUACCUCCGAUUCGAAUGCCUACUUGGAUGCCAUCAAAUAUCAGUCCAGUUCCCUCGAUGAGGAAUGCCUAAUUUACACCUCCAAUUAUAUUGGGUAUAGACUCAUACUGAGAAACAAAAAUACCAUGUGCGUCGAAAUAGAUGGAAACCUGCACAAGUGGACAAUCAUUGGGGUUAAUGAAUUUACCAACAAGAGGGGGCGAAUGUCUAUUGUUGUGAAGCCAGAGUUUAUGCAGUCCGGAUCCAUUCUCUAUGUAAAGGGAUCCGACACGUCCAUCCUGUCCCUGCUCGAUUUGAAGUAUAGCAGUUUUUUGGAAAGGGCAGGAAAAAGAAGAAAAAAAAGGAAGGCGCACAAGGGAAAGCGCCAAGCCAGAGCGAGUCCGACGGGAAUAUCCAGCAGCAAGGGAAGGCAUCCCAAGAAAGGGGACAAAUUGGACGCGAGCCAGGGGAAGGGCUCCACCAGUGGAAUUAACACGGACUGCGAAUGCCCCCAUCACGGAACAGAUGCACAUCCCGAUGCGGACUCCAACGCCAGGAGUGAAAAUUGCAGGUUUGCGAGACGAUACAGGCAGCUGGAAAAACAGCUGCGUAAGUUCUCCGUCAGGGGGCUAAGAACGAUGGUGUUUGCCUUUAAAUAUCUAAACGAAGAAGAAACGGUAAAAUAUAAAAAAAUGUACGACGAUGCGUGCUUAUCCAUAUAUAAUAAAGAGGAGAGAUUAGAAAAGGUGGCCGAAAUGGUAGAGACGGAGUUAACUUACUUAGGCAUCACCGGGGUUAAGGAUAGGUUACAGAAGAAGGUAUCCAAAACGAUAGAGAUCUUGGGACAGUCGGGGAUCCGAAUAUGGAUGCUAACGGGAGACAAUGUAGAGUACUCAUUACACAUUUCCUUUUUGUGUAAAUUUUUAAAUUCACACACGAAGAUAUUUCACGCCAUGUUGGAAAAUACGAAUUGUAAAAAAUUAAAACGAGAAGGAAAAGCGUUGUAUGAAUUAUUCCAAUUAGAGAAGGAAGAAAAAAAGUGUCAUGAAAAAAUGUGUCUACUAAUCAAUGGAAAGAAUUUACAAACGUUUCUAAACCAUAGUGAUUUACAGACCCAUUUUCUAAACAUGGCAUGCAGUUCCGAUGUAGUGAUAGCCUGUAGAAUAACUGCAAAACAGAAGGCAUUCAUUGUACAGUUGAUAAAGCAUAGAUUAACUCCAACCCCAAACACAUUAGCCAUUGGAGAUGGAGCCAACGAUAUAGCGAUGCUACAGGAAGCAAAUAUAGGUGUGAGUAUCAUGACCCCUGAGUGUAUAAUUUCUUCUGGCUAUGCAGAUUAUUGUAUACAGAAUUUCUGUUGUCUUCGCAAGUUACUAUUUAUAUAUGGAUCCAAGCAUUUAUACACCAUGAGUAUUAUCCUGUACUGGAAUUUUUUUAAAAACAUUGUCCUCAUAUUACCCGUUUUUUUUUAUCAAGCAUAUGCCUCAUGGAGUUGUGUAAAGAUCUACCCAGAAUUGCUAUACACCUUUUUUAACAUUUUUUGGAUUUUUAUCCCUGUAAUUUAUUACGCCUUCCUGCAGCACAAUUUGAAUUACGACGUAUUGUAUAACAUUCCUUUAUUUUAUGCCCUCAGUAGAAGGAAGUACAAUAUGAGUACAUUGAAAUUUUUCCCUUGGAUUGUCGAAGGCAUUUUUUACUCUGUCGUUGUCUUUUUUUUUGCUUACACAGCAGUUAGGGAGAAUUCUCAUUUGAGUAAUGGGGAGGUGGUUACCAUUAGCACGUUUGGCAAUAUUUGUUUUCUUGGUUGUUUUUUAAUUUCCAUUGUUCGUCUUUUUUUGGAAGGAUCAUUAUGGUCGCCAUCCAUACUGAUCACCUGUUUUGGUUUCUUUCUUUUUGUCUUUUUCCCAUCUAUUUUGUUUAUAUUAUUAGCCUACAUUUCUAAUGACUACAUAAGGGAGGUCUUCAGGCAGACCUUCAUGUGGGCUCCCCUUUACAUUCUCCUAAUUCUCUGGUUUACUACCUGCAUCAUCUGCUACAUAUUUAUUAAUUUUGUUAAAGCUGUGAUGUUCCCAAAUAUCUACAGCGUUGUCAACCAUUGGCUCUUCGAGCAGUACCAGGAGAAGCACAGCAAGUACAAGUACGUCUACUUUCUAUCCGGGAAGAAAAAAUUCAUAAAUUUAAAAAAAAUUGGAAGAAAAUUUAAGCACCGAUUUAGCAGAACGGCCCACAAGACAUACAAAUUUAAGCCAACCAUGAAGCCGCUAAAUAAGGAACAGGACUACGUAAUUAACAGCAGGAAAUGCCUAGACAAACAGCGCAAUAUACACAGCUCCUUCUCUCCCUCCAAAGGGUUCAACAAAGAGGGAAAUUCAAAAUUUGGAAAAAGUACCUUCGAUGGAGGGGAUGUCUGCCUUGGCUGCAAUGAUGAUACGCACUUCGAUGAGGAGAAAACUUAUGGAAGCGCUAGAGUCACCUUGUGCGAGCAGGCUGUUCACGGGAUGGAAAAUAUGAAUCACUCAGAGGGUGGAAGUGAAAAAUGGGACGCGCAAGGAGGCACCACAAGGAAGAAGAAACCCGGUGAACGUAAGAAGACGAGAUGGGAUAAUCCAAACGGUGGAAAUGGAAACGAUGGGCAGCAGGAAAAAAAAGCCGUGAAACCAUCAGAGCAGAGGGAUAAAUCCCGUUUGGAAAAGAAACACACAAAGGAACGUGGAAAAGGUGUUGAUCUGCCUAAAAAUGGCACAGAACAGCGUAGGGACAUCGCACCAUCCAACAGGGACAUAGCAAUGAAAGCGCGUGAGGAGGUGGAACUGCCACCAUUGAAGAAAAAAGAAGCUAAUCGGAUGAUUGCCGACGGGGCAAAGAAUGGGGAAGCAAAUGAGGAGACGCCACGUGACGACGCAACGAAUGGCGAAAUGGCCAAUGGCGAAAUACCCAAUGGAGAAAUGCCCAAUGACCGGGGUGACCGAGCAAAUCUCAUCGACCCAAGCUCCGACGAAUACACCGAGUCGUCCGUUCCCAGAAUUGAUGAACCCCUCAUGGUUGAACUGAAGAAUUGCCUGAACCCGUUAAAGAACACCUUCCUGGUAGAUUUGCUACCCCAAGGAAAGCGCUUCCGAAUUAAUGAGGAACACAUAUUUUUUAAAAACAACGAAAGGAUGGAACACAUUCCAGAGCCGCUAGAUGUGAACAAGAGGAACUAUCACAUUAUACAAAAUAAGCCUGAAUUUUACGACAACGAAUCCACGUCCGAGUUCUCCUACACAAGUACAGAUAGUCUAAAUGACAGCAAUGGGAAAAAGAAGAAAAAAAAGGAAGACGCACAGAAGGAAAUAGUAAAAGUUAGCAACCUGAUUAACAGAUUUACUUUAGCAUUUAAGGACAUGCAACUGGAGUCAGGAUUUCAAAUUCAUAAGAAGAAUAAAUUUUACAAAAUUUUCACCCCUUGGUAUAGAUUCAUUUUUAUCCUCCUAGGUAUUUUUUUUCUCUACAUUUGGAAGUUAGAGUCGUCACUGAGUAAGUACUGGAACAUAUCAUCCAAUGCUUCCACCGAUUUGUUCAUCCUCAUCUUGUCCUUACUACUAGAAUUAGUUCUCCUUGCAGCAACGGUUACGACUUUUUUCCAAAAUAUUUUUAUAGAAAAUUUUAACAAAAUUAUCAGCGCUGUGGUGAUUCUGAUUAUAACUCAUCAUGUAGUUACUUAUUCCAUUACGCACAUCGAUGGAGUUUUCCAAGCAGUUCUAUUCCCUCUCUACACAUUUGUCAUUUUGAGAUUGCCCUUCGUUAAUGCGGUUUUAUGUAAUAUCAUUUUUUUAAGCCUCUUCAUUAUUAGAUUUAAGGGGGAUCACUUUUUAGACAAAAAAGGAUUAGCACAUUACAUUCCUUUGUUCAUUGGGGUGGAUGUGUUUGUCGGUUUUGUUGGUUACCGUUUGGAAUAUAAUCAGAGGAAGAAUUUCCUCCUGGAAUAUUCAGUAGAAGCGUCCAGACGAAAGCAGAGAGAAAUAUUAAACACCAUGCUUCCCCCUUUUGUUGUGGAUGAGAUGAUUUACUCUGAAUUGAAUGAAGAAGGAAUCCCCAUUUCGUUAAAAGCAGAAGAUAUAGAAACCGUUACCAUAAUUUUUUGUGACAUUUAUGAAUUUCAAAAUAUCGUUGCUAGUAUUGAACCUACGAGACUGGUUGAAGUGCUGGACAGACUAUUCCUCUGCUUCGACAAAUGCACAGAACAGUUUAACUGCACCAAAAUUGAAACCGUCUUCGAAACGUACCUUGCUGCAUGCGGGUUGGUGAAGAAGGAGGGAAGUGAGUCCAAGGAAAAUAAGGGUCAACGGGAUGCCCACGAUUCUAUCGACUUUGCAUUGUCAAUUCUGCAGGUUAGCAGUCACAUGAAGUAUGAGAAGACCAAGCAUAUGUUGAACGGGGGAGACUCCUUCGGUAGCCGGGCGGAAGGGAGCGAAAACGGCGCUGCGAAAAAAAACACCCUCCGCACGGGUAUCGAAACAACACGUGGUGAUAACGGUGGCACCGGCACGGAGAGAAGACCAACUCGAAUCAGAGUCAAAAUUGGAAUCAACUCCGGCAGAAUCAUCGCAGGUGUGGUGGGGUCGAAGAAGCCGCAGUACGCCCUGUUCGGGGAUACAGUCAACACGGCGUCUAGGAUGAAGACGACGGGGAAGCCAGACUACAUACACAUAUCCGAAGCAACAUACGAUUUGGUAAAGGAUGACAAGACGUUGAUAUAUGAAAAGAAGGAAACAGAAAUUAAAGGAAAGGGAACGAUGACCACAUACCUACUAACAUCUGUCAUUGGAUUAAACUAUCCAUUUGUAGAUGAACCGAUCGACGAUGGAAAGGGUAAUUUUUCGUCGGAUCUUUACCUAGACAGUAAUGACCCAAGUAAUAACAUAAACCUGGACCAAACACACAACAUCUUCGGCUUCUACUCAAACAGAGCUAACCAGAAUAAUGAGUACUACAUAAAUGACACCAUAUACAAUGAUGAGUAUAGUUUUAACGAAUCAGAUAAUGACACAAAUAACGAAUACGUGAAUUUGAAGGAGCCGUCUCUUAAAGACUUUCCCAAUGAGUACACUAGAGAUGUAAACACCCAUUUCUACGAAAUUAUAAAAUUGAGGAAUUUAAAAAUUGGCACAGCUGUAGGACAUCAGCUCAAACAGAAGGAUGUUCUAAAUAUGACAUUUUUAAAUAAUGGCCUGAACAAUGACACCACAACAAAUUUCAACCCCUACAUUGAAAGUAACAACAAUUUCGAGGAGAUGAAAGACCUCGAUGGAGGGAUGAACAAACUCUCCCUUAGUGAUUCCCUAUAUUACUUAAACGAUAACUUUAUAAAAAAGGAUCCAGAAAAUGACAACUUCCAGCACAGGAAUAAGCUUGGCACGCAGGAAAUAAUUGACCAGCAUACUAAACAGAGCAUACAAAAUUUUACCCAUUCGAAUAGAGACCUCCUGGACAACAAUGAAGGUGAAUACAAGGACAUCCAACUUUGUACACGGAAAUGCAACACCUGUGGGGAAAACUACUGCACUCCAAAUGAUUGUGUCAAUUAUGAUCACGUCAAUCAUGUAUCGUAUCAUAAAAUGCUAAGUAACAUAAGGAUGAAUUAUCUGAAGAAUAUUAGGAAGGACGCGAAAAAGGAUUCGGAAAGGAAGGAAGAACUGGAUGGAAGGGGUUCCAAGGGAGGACUCCUAUCCACCAGCUAUGUAGCAUCCUGCUUAUCGAAGGUGUUUUCCAUUUUGGGAUGGGGAAAAAGGAACCAAUGUAGAAACACGCAGGGAAAAACCCAACUGGAUGAUCCGAAAAGAAGCGCAAAGCGAACCUCCUCUAUGAGGGGUUAUACAGAAAGGACCCCCCCCACGAUCGAAAAGGAGGACAAAUUCAAACGAGUAAUAUCGCUCAACAGCGAGUGGAUCUUCCUCAAAUUUAGCGACAAAAAUUUGGAGGCCAAAUAUAGGGCCCAUUUCUACAGCAACAAAUCGAAUAUCAACUCGAUAGAGCAGGCUCUGAUCAUAUUCCUAGUUACCUUUGUCAUGCAAACUUUAAUUUCUAGCACAGUGUCCAUCGUGUUCGUGGACCAUAAGUUUGCAACGCAGACGUUAGAAGUGAACUACUUCGCCUACUGGUCUGUUCGAUCUCUCUACACUUACCUUGGCUUCAUCCUUUGGCUCCUUUUCCACUACAGAACGAGACCUGAAGUGUCUUCCCUGCUAAACAUAAAGUGGAUGAUCUUUUUCCUCAAUUUGUUAUUCAUAUCUGCUGCUUGCGUUUUUUCCAUUGCGUACCUAUGGGCGAUUUCCGAGACGGAUCAGACAACUUCCUACACCAUAUGGAUGACAAACGAUACGAUAGAGUUUUUUUUUUACCUAGUUAUAUUGCACCAUAACACGGGGAUGUUAUUCCAGACAUGCAUCCUGGUCGACCUGUUAUUCAUUACCAUGUCUUUGACGUUCAUAUCGACCAGUGUGGUCAAGACUAUCACUACGGACUCCACUGUAAUGUUGAUUCCCUGGUAUGUAGCCUUCAAUUUGAUAUCCACCUAUUGCAAAGAAUCCAUAGAUAGGAGAACCUUUUACGCAAAUGAAAGUGCCAAAAAGACGGAAAACAGAGCAACAGAGCUACUUAACGAUAUGCUUCCAAAACAUGUGUUAGAGGAAUUCCAACAGGAUAGACUCAAACUUGCCUACACACAUGACAGAUUAACAUUUCUCUUUGCGGACAUAUGUGGGUUUACAUCCUGGGCCAAUGGUGUUGACGCAUCUGAGGUGUUGACAUUACUGCAGAAAUUAUUUGCCAAGUUCGACAACGACAGCACUAAAUAUGGCCUAUACAAAUUAUGCACCAUCGGGGAUGCAUACGUAGCUAUAAGUGAGCCAGUAACGGAGGACAACCAGGAUUAUGAUCCUGUCGAUGGAACGGAAAGGGUACUAGAAAUGGCCUAUUCGAUGAUACGAAUAAUAAAAGAAAUAAGAGAGAAAUUAUGUAUUCCUAAUUUAAAUAUGCGUAUUGGAUUACAUUAUGGGUCCUGUGUCGGGGGAGUUAUUGGAUCUGGUCGACUACGAUAUGACCUUUGGGGAAUUGAUGUCCUUACAGGGAACCUCAUGGAGAGUAACGGAGUCCCUGGUAAAAUUAACGUCUCUGAAACGCUCAAGAAUUUUCUCCUACAACAGUUUAAAAAUAGGUUCAUAUUUAAACCGCAUACUACCGUUCGGGUUAUCUACAAGGACGUCAAAUCUUUUAUCAUAACUGAUAAGAAAGAAAUCGAUGCGACGAAUAACUCUAAGAAUAUACACAGUCGGGGGUACUUACUUAACCGAAAAAUUCGCAGACAGAACCAUUUGGAUGCUGACCUUCUAUUUGAUGGGAAGAAGCCAAGCACCUUCACUCGCUCCAUGUGCAACUCCAAUUCGUUUGAAAAUAGCCACGCGCCCAACAGGGAUUUGUAUUACAUUAAUGUGAAAGAUGAGGAGUCCAACUUGUAG